AGAGCAGAAAAUAUAUGAGACAUAACAGACAGAGAGCAUGAGAAUGACAUUUAGACGCAGUUUUCUGUUCGAUAUGAAAGCUGAACAGACAGGAACUCAUUAAAAAUGUGUAGGUAAAAUUAGCUUAGCCUAACAGCACAGAAUAUUUUGGCAAUAAAAUAAUUUAUUUACAUAAUUGCCAAAAAAAGUUACAAUGGUAGACUGCAGAUAUCUAAAACUGAUUCAGUGUCAACGCGGACGUGGCAUGGACAGAGCAUUAUAUGGAUUAGUUCGUGAAGAAAACUGUGGAUUACAUGGCAAAGUGAAAUACUUACAGUGAAGAAACGGCGCUGGCUGAUGGUCAUGAGGAUGGCCUCUUGGGAAGAGAAUUUGGGUCAGCCCAGUCACUCUGUGCUGGAGAUGGAGGGGUCGCCAGACGUGUCCAGCUCCCUCUUCAAUCUCAGCAGCAGUUAUGGGGGCACAGAGGCUUUCCUCUGGCUGUAUCCAUCAGAGAACAUCACAUGGACCACAGCGUGGCCCACAGUCCAGCCAGUUGCCCCUCCACGGGUACGGAACCAAGCCUUGGCCCAGGCGGAGAUCGGGGUGCUGGGGUUGGUGCUUGCUCUCACUGCUCUGGGUAAUGGAUUCGUGCUGUGGGUGCUGCUGCGUAGGAAGAAACAUCAUGCUCCCAUGCACCUCUUCAUGGUCAAUCUAUGUGUAGCUGACCUGGUAGUGGCCUUCUUUCAGGUGCUGCCGCAGUUGGUAUGGGACAUCACAGAGCACUUCCAGGGGCCUGACGCUCUGUGUCGCUCUGUCAAGUAUUUGCAGAUUGUCGGGAUGUUUGCAUCCUCCUAUAUGAUCGUUGCCAUGACUGUGGAUCGGCACUAUGCCAUCUGCUGCCCCCUUCAAGCAUAUCGUGGAGGUACGCCCUCCCGCUGGAACACCCCCAUUAUGGUUGCGUGGGGCCUGGCCCUACUGCUUAGUUUGCCACAGGUGUUUAUCUUCUCGCGGUCAGAGGUGUCCCCUGGGGUGUUCGAAUGCUGGGGCCACUUUGCUGAGCCAUGGGGUCUUAAAGCAUAUGUCACCUGGAUGACUGUGGCUGUAUUCGUAUUACCAGCCUUAAUCAUCACUGUCUGUCAGGUUCGCAUCUUCAGAGAAAUCCAUGACAACAUCUACCUGAAGUCUGAGCGGAUGGUGACAGCAGAGUUUAAGAGGAACUCUGUCUUCUUCCACUUUGCUCAGCGGGAGGGGGGCAGUGGACGAGGCCGGGAGAGAAACAGACAGAGCAGACACAGUCACCAUGCUAACAGCAGUCUCAGUCAAGCUCACUGCAGCCCCUCACAUCAUGCAGGAGAGGAAGUGUGCUCCUCAAGCCUGUAUGAUGACUAUUCUCAGACUGUUACCUGUAAGAGCUCUAUCUGCCAGCCCUGCCCAACUUCAGACAGCUCCUCCCCUUCCAUCCAAACUCAUCUGCAAAACACCCCCAAACAUCUGUCAGACCCCUCCCAUUCUCAGUCAUUAUCAGCCAAUAGCACGUGUGCACUGACUGGACACCCAAAUAGCUCUGGAGCUUUUGAACUGUGGCCAGAUGCUUUUCCCCUUCCGACCGAUUAUUCGCACCCACCGCCUCUCCCAGGUGUGACUAAGGCCAUGUCUAAGACAGUGAGGAUGACUCUUGUCAUUGUGCUGGUCUACACCAUCUGCUGGUCUCCUUUCUUUAUUGUUCAGUUAUGGGCAGCCUGGGACCCCAACCCACCAAACCAAGGGGCUGCUUUCACUAUCCUGAUGCUUCUAGCCAGUCUAAACUCCUGCACUAACCCAUGGAUCUACACAGCCUUCUCCAACAGUGUGUCCCGUGAGCUGGUCACACUGCUGCGCUGCCACACCGGAUCCCCUCGCAGAGGUUCACUGCCGGACGACUCAACCACAACUCACAUGUCAACCAACACCAAGGACUCCACAUACUGACCUCUGGCCUGACUCGACCACACACACACCAUGGCGUGAUGGGCUAGACUCUGUCCCAAAUGCUACUCUUUGCCCACAUGUUGAUGAAAUAUUAGUGCAUAAACUGUCAGCUGGGCUCGUAAACAGCUUUUUCAGAAUUUAACAUGACAAAUGGGAUCCCCUACGGUCUUGUGAACUUCAUGGACAAGUGCCAGCUGCACAAGUGUGCAAAAAGUGUGCCAUUUGAUACAGGGCUAGGAAAUGUCCUGGCUACUUUAGAUUCAGUUACACAAUCUGAAAAGCAGAUCUGUCAUCAACACUGAUACACCAGUUACAAAGAUAAAAUCACAUUACCAUGCCCAGUGCAUUUUACAGAUAGCUGUCUCCUCAGUUACAUGAAAGCAGACUGGAGUGAUGAAGGAAGAAGAAGAGGGGCCGGAGGGUCGGAGGUCCUUCAUUCCUCCCCUUUCUCUGUUUAUGUCUCAGCCAAGUGUUUUCAUAGACUAGGGUUGCAGGAUUAUAUCAGACUUUACAGUACAAAACAAGAGUGGAAGAUGCAAGAAUAAAGGCAUGUGAACAGUGCAUGCAGAAUGGACGAAAGGUUACCUGGCUGUACUACGGACAGCUUCAGGAGACCGGCGGCAAGACGCUGUAAAUGAGAGUGUCAGAAACGUAAAGGAACAUAUCCACCACCAGCAAGAAUGCUAUGAAAAUUUCAGCCUGAUUGUGGGAAACAAACACAGUGGCAGCUUUGUAACAAAGCGACUUUCUGAAUCAUAUUUAAACUAUAUAUCAAAUGUAAAGUGUUCAGAAGACACUGUGAGUUGAAUUGGUCUACAGUAUCAGCUAUUAAUAGAUUAGUAGUGCUGGCAGUGGGCAGGAAUCUAUAUUUGACUGCUGCUGGACACAAAUGCCGAGCAGAAUGAAGUUUCAUUCUCUGUGUUGCUCAGUUUAGUAGUUUAAUGUACCAAAGCAAAGAAACAACACAUUGUUUAGAAGCUGUUGAUUGUGUAUUGCAUUUCAGUACAAUCAUUACCAUGUACAUUUCCUCACAGUCCUGGGAAAUCCUUGUGAAAAUCAUUGAGAAAAAAAAAAGCAUUUCAUUUUUUCCUUUUUGUAUGCUUAAGGUGAGAAAUAGCUUUUUUUAACAGAAGAAAUGAUAAUGGCAAAUGAACAGCAAUAUAUACAUGUACAUUUCCAAUCUAAAUAUUUGUAGGUAGCAAAAUCUCUACGUUAUGUAUAUAUGUACACACUAAUCACACCGAUUUCAGUCUCACUCAUUAACUUGUCACUUCUUAAGCGCUACCUCUGGUAUUUGCUUGUUUUUGUGUUACCAUUUUUUUUUCUCAUCUGGAAUCAGGGGACCAUUUACAUGCUUCAGAGUAACUUAUUUGUACAGAAAAUAUUCUAAACCUUAUAAAUAUAAUAAAGAUGUGUUGAAGGAUUAAGAAACUAAUUAUUACAUUACAACUUAAGCACCUUACUAUUAAAAAAAAAGUAUUAUAGACAUUAUAUACAGUACAUGCGUAUCUUUGUAACGCACAGAUUCUUGAGGUACAAGAAUUCGUUAGUGUCUAGUUCAGUCUCACACUUUUGCUUGCUAUUCCCAACCCUGCAAAUUAUUAUUAUAAACAUGCAUUUCAAACAUAAAUUCAUUCUGGACGUCUACACAGCUUGAGAAGAGCUAAAUUUUUUGAAGUUUUGAAAUAUAUUGACCUAUUAUUUUUCACAUUUCAAAAGGACUGAAAUUUGGAAAUGCAUUAAUAUUUUGUCCCCACUUAACAGAAAGGAAUUUGCAACGAAUCAUGUAAUAUCAAUGAACAGGCAGUUUUGAUUUGGACAAAUAUACUGUUUCUCAAUAUGAUGUUUAUUGUCUAAGAGUAGAUCAGUGACUGUGGUUAACUGUAAAAGACUAACCAUUAGAUAUCAGUGAGAUCAUCAGAUAUUGGAAACAUUGAGAAAACGAACUGCUAGUGAACUUUUUGUUAUACUUAAUGCAUAAUGACGGAUAAUCAUAAAAUGAUUUAAUAUAUUUAACUGACAAGAUGUCCAGUAGCUAAAAUAUGAUCAACAUUGUAAUAAAUUCUUUUUUUUUUUCUUUUUAUCAAUUUACUUUUUGUUGUUCUUUAUUUUGGUCCUUCUUAACUUCUUCAUAAGGCAAACAUUUGUUUAUAGGACGAGCCAGUGACUGCUGGAAACUUUGUUCACUUCAAGAAACCCAUUUUUAAACCAAUAACAGUUCAAGGCAGUAUGUGCUCUAGGCUCUAGAGUCUCAUCCAGUGUGUUUACAUCACUUUUCAUCACAUAGUUUGAGUUUAUAUUUAACUCACCAGAAGCUUUGCUUACAUGAAGAGGAAUUAAAGUUUUGAGCACUUGUAAAGGGAUAGUUUUUGAUGCACUGGCUGAAUGAUUGGAAAAUGUCUCAGCCUCUACUGUUCCUCAUCCUGGAUAUUUUGUGGCAUGCGACUGGCCCUAUGUUGUUGGAAGGGCUUAUGAAGCAAUACAACUCCAAAGCGGCAUGCAUUAGAUAUGGAUUCCAGUGCAGAGAGGACAGAAGAAACUGUCUGCUUGUGGAUUUGCUUUCAGUUUACUCUGCCUCUUCUGACUGGCGUGCUUUAUCUCACGGGAGAUGAGGGGCAGAUGGGUGCCGUGUCUGGGGUCAAAAGAGGGGGCCGCAAGGACCUGUCUCUUUCCCUUAUUCUAAGGAGAUGCUUCUGUGUUUUAAGGGAAAAUGUAAGUUUAAUUCCAUCUGACAUUGCUGGCAUAAGAGUAUAAGAAAAUGCGUAUACUGUUUUUCCUCUUUUAAUCUAAAAUCUCAGUUGGAGUACUACUACAGGACACUCUACAAAGACGACGUGAUCAUCACCAUCAGAGGACGCUUAGAAAGAAAAGACUGACUGUAAUGCACACCACAUUCUUACAUGUGUGUUAAACCCUGUUAACUGGUUAUUCUAGCCUUAGUGUAAACUCUUAAAGAGCCACAUGAGAAACUGAGAGUGAAAUGGAUGACUGGAUAUGUCCAGAAUUAACAUACUAGCAUACUUACUGAACACUGUGUAGUCGUGAAGUUGUGGCCUAGUGGUUAGAGAGCUUGACUCCUAACCCUAGGGUUGUGGGUUCGAAUCCUGAACCGGCAAUAACACGACUAAGGUGCCCUUGAGCAAGGCAUCGAACCCCCAACUGCUCCCUGGGCGCUGCAGCAUAAAUGGUUGCCCACUGCUCCGGGUGUGUGCACUUUGGAUGGGUUAAAUGUAGAGCACGAAUUCUGAGUAUGGGUCACCAUACUUAGCUGUAUGUCACAUCACUGUGUAGAGGUGCAUUCAGUAUAAUAAUCAUAUAACUCAAAGUUUGGGGUUGGUAAGAUUUAAAAUAGUUGUUUUAAGUAUCUUAUGUUCAUCCAAAACUGCAUUUAUUUGAUCAAAAAUACAGUAAAAACUGAUUUUAAUACUCUAUUAAAACAUUAUUUGGUCCACUUUAUUUUAUGGUCCAAUUCUCGUGAUUAACAAACCAUUAACUAUGAUUUUGCCUCAAUAAACUCCCAAUUUGCUGCUUAUUGUUAGUAAGGUAGUUGUUAAGUUUAGGUUUGGGGUAGGAUUGGGAAUGUAGAAUAUAGUAAUGCAUAAUAAGUGCUUUAUAAGUACUAAUAAACAACCUAUAUGUUAAUAACAGACAUGCUAAUAAGCAACUAGUUAACAGUGAGAAUUGGCCACUAAAACAAAGUGUAACCCAUUAUUUGUUAUGAUUUAUAUAAAGUUGAAAGUGUGAAAUAUAAAAAAUCUUCUGUACCAUAAAUUUCUUUUAUGUCACUUUUGAUCAAUUGAAUGCAUCCUUACUGAAUACAGUUCAUUACUUCAGUUAAUAUACAGCAGCCUGCUAUCUCACUUUCCCUUCUCAACAAGACAAAAAGGUGAUCUUUUUCGAGUGUUAGACCACUCAGUCUUCAUGUCUAGAAACUGAAAACGGCUGCAAAGGGUAUUUUUGGAGAUUGGCUGAAAAAAAUGCAAUUACAUCAGAGGCAGUUGUUGCGUUCCAUCUACGCAGACCCUUUGGGGCUCAUGCUCUCCACACAGAACUCACAAACCAUCAUGUGUUAUCCAACUUUACUCAAACUCAUACGACAUAUUGUUACUACCCGUGCAACAGAUUGCCAGAUCACACACUUACAUCUCUAUAUCUAUCUAUGGCUGAGUAAACAUUUUGAUUCAUUUGAAAAGUUGUUGUAAAGUAAACUUUGCUAACAUAAAGAAUCUUUUUUUACCAGUCCUAAUCAACACAGAA